GAGCCUUGACGGCCGCCGCUUUGGUGAGCUCUGCCCCGAAGCCUUCGAUGCCAUCCUCGUGGAUGCGCCUUGCUCUGGCGAGGGCAACAUCCGCAAGGACCCAAAGGCAUUCGACCGCUGGGCCGGGGAGGAUGCCACAUCGCAAUGUCAAGUGCAGUCGGAACUGCUCCGCUCAGCUUGGGUUGCGCUGCGGCCUGGGGGCGUAAUUGUGUACUCCACUUGCACCCUCAAUGCCUUCGAGAACGAGAACCAGUCCCGAAGUUUGCUGGACGACUUCCCCGAUGCUGAGCUGCAGAGUGGGCUCGGAUGCCAGCUCGGCCUGGCAGAGCUGGAGACGCCCGAGGGCUUCUUCAGGGUGUGGCCUCACAAACUCAACGUUGAGGGUUUCUUCGUUGCCUGCUUUCGCAAGAAGGCUGGAGGAGGAGGAGUUCCUCAGAGCAAGGGGAGCGAAUUGUGGCCGCAGUUCCAGAGGUUGCCGGAGACAGAGGCCUCGGCUUUGAGGGCUCGUGCCAUCGAGGACCUUGGCUCCUUUCCGUCUUCUGCACCGCUGCUCCGUGAGCGACACCAGGGCGACGUCUGGCUAUGCGCCUUUCCGUGCUGGCCGCCGCCAGCAGCUUUUGCCCGGUUGAGCAGCCUGGUGCAGCCCGGCAUCUGCAUCGUGGAUGCCAAUGGUGCUCUGACCAGCGAGAUUCGCUUGGUGGUCGGUGGCAGCAGCCUCACAUCUGAGGAGUGGUUGGAGCUGCAUGAAAAAGCAGGAGGAGGUCUCGGGGCCAAAAGCCUUGCCCUUCGUGGCCUCGGGGCCGCGGGAGCGCGACGCAGUCUCGAGGAGAUGCGCGCAAGUCUCUUGACGCCAGACGUGGUGAGCUACAACACCGUCCUGGAUGCGUUUGCCAAAGAAGCAGAUGCGGCAGGCGCCCAACAGGUCAUGGACGAAAUGGUCGAGACGACGUUGAGGCCUGGUGUGAUCAGCCACACGAUCCUGAUUGAAGCCCACGCGCGCGCAGGGAACAGAGCCGCAGCUGAAGAGGCCUUCGAAGCGAUGAGAUCUGCAAGGCUAGAGCCCAACGAGGUAACCUACACUGCCCUGCUCCGCGCGCGCAUCGCGGCCGGCGACCAGGCCGGUGCCCAGCGCCUCGCCGCGGAGGGAAGGCUAAACGAGGUGGGCUUCACACUGCUCAUCAAUGCCUAUGCCAUGUCGGGCGAUGUCCGCGGUGCAAAGGAUGCUUUCGAGUUGCUCAGCAAGCAGUCGAGGCCCAACUUGGCUUCGUACACUGCCUUGAUGAAAGCCUACGCAAAGGCAAGGGAUGCACGGGGUGCCGAUGAAGUGCUGGUGCAGAUUCAAAAGCACAGUCUGCAGCCGAAUUCGGCGACCUAUGCCACCCUCAUAUCGGCGCAGGCUAAGGCUCAGCAGCUGCAGCGUGCCCUGGAGCUCUUCCGAUUGCAGGGAAAGCCCACGCUCGCAAGCGGCACAGCUCUCAUCUCUGCAUACUCCAGGCAGAAGGACUCAGCCGGAGCGCAGCGCGUGCUCGACGAAAUGCUGUCGGCCUCGAUCAGGCCCGAUGGCAUCUGCAUCAAACAGCUGGAGUUCGCCAAACUACGGGCA